AUGUCGGACUUACAGCAGCAGCUGCCCAAUGGCUGGCAGGGGGCUCGACAUGCAACAACAGCAGCAGCAGCUCCCUCUACACAUUACCAUGGAGAAGAACGGGGAGACUACAACCAGCAGCAGCAGCAGAAGCGGCAGCAGCAGCAGCAGCGGCGGCAGCAGCAGCAAGAGCAGCAGCAGGAGCAGCGGCUGCAGCGACUGCAGCGGCAGCGGCCUGAAGAACUGCUCGAAGACACCCUGGAAGAAAGCACGAGAGCCCUCGCCAUGCUGCGCAGCAGAUCUCGCCUGCUGUGGUCCCGUAGCAUAGACAGCAUCAACCAGCAGCAGCAGCAGCAGCAGCAGCAGCAGCGGCGGCAGGAGCAGCACGCCGACCUCGACGCCAUUGACGGCCCCACCUCGUACGACCUUAUCAAGCAGCAGGUGAGGCACGAAGAAGAGCAGCAGCGGCAGCAGCAACGGCAGCGGGAGCAGCAGCAGUACUUGCAGCGGGACCAGCACCAGCAGCCGCAGCAGCAGCAGGAGCAGCAGCUAGAGGCCCCCCACCUAGGGGCCCCUCGGACUGCUGCCACCGGCAGAGAGCGCGCUCAGCAGCAACAGCAGGAAGAGCAGCGGAAGCAGCAUCAGCACGAGCAGCAAGAGCAGCAGCAGCAGCAACAGCAGCAGCAGCAGCAAGAUGACUCCGUGCUGGCGCAAACCCUCGAACAAAACAUGGCUGCCCUCAAACUCAUGCGGAAGCAGUCGAGGGUGCUGUGGGCCCGCAGCCUAGACGAGCCCACGCUGCAGCAGCAGCAGCAGCAGCAUGAGCAGCAGCAGCAGCAGCAGCAGCAUGAACUGGAGCAGAGGCAAAGGCGCAGGUCUACUGCUGGCGAGCUGAAGCACCGCCGCUAUUUUCAAGCAGCAAACUCUGGUGACUUCUCCCAGUCAUUUUCAUCUCAGGAGCAGCAGCAGCAUCUGCAGCAGCAGCAGCAGCAGGAUGAGCAGCAGCAGCACCCCCAGCAGCAGCGACAUCUGCAGCAGCAGCAUCAGCAUGAGCAGCAGCAGCAUCUGCAGCAGCAGCAGCGUGUGCAUCUGCAGCAGCCGCAGCAGCAGCAGCAGCUUGAGCAGCAGAAGCAGCAGCAGCAGAAGCAGCUGCUGCAGCAGCUGGAAACCCGGGGCCAGGAACAUACGCGUGAAUACAACGAGAGGAGAGAAGCAGCACAGGCUGCAGUUGCUGCUGCUGCAGCAGCAGAAGCCGCUGCUGCGGACGCCGCAAAAGCGGCAAAGGAUGCAGCAGCAGCAGCAGCAGCAGCAGAAGCAGCACUUGCACGAGUGUUGGCAGCAGCAGCGCAUGACACUGACAGCAGACGCCCCGAACAUCCGGUGGCCUUGCCUGUAGCCUCUGAGGCAACGAGGCACUAA